UCUCAUCUUAUCCUCACUCCCUUCCCUUCCCUUCCAUCCCCUUUGUUCAUCAACCUCUCCAUUUCUUUUCUUUUUCUUUUCUUUUCUAAAAAAAAGAAAAAAAGAAAAAAUGGAGUUCCUCUUGAUCUUAUCCAUCACUCUCCUCACUUACUCAGUAACCAUUUUUAUAAUCAACAAACUAAACAAAAUGAGGCAUCAAAACUGCUACCUCCUUGGCUACUCUUGUUUCAAGCCUUCCGAUGAGUUCAAGCUUCCAACAAACAUUUGUGGAGAAGUUAUCCACAGAAACAAACUUUUAGGCUUCGACGAGUAUAAAUUUCUGCUGAAAAUCAUCGUCAACUCCGGCAUCGGCGAAGAAACAUAUGGUCCCAGAAGCAUCUUCCGUGGCGAAGAAGCAACUUCGACAUUCGACGAUGCUCUGUUAGAGAUGGAUGAGGUUUUCGAGCACACCAUCCGUGAUGUUCUCGCCAAUUCCGGUGUUAAACCAACAGACAUUGAUAUUCUUGUUGUCAAUGUAUCUAUGUUUGCUCCGGAACCAUCACUUGCUUCCAGAAUUGUUAACAAGUUCAAAAUGAGGGAUGAUAUCAAGAUUUACAACUUGUCCGGAAUGGGAUGCAGUGCAAGUCUUAUUUCUAUUGAUCUUAUUCGGAGGACUUUCAUGAGUCAGUUCAACAAGCUGGCGUUGAUAUUCACAUCAGAGUCGAUAACUCCGAACUGGUAUUCCGGCAAUAACAGGUCAAUGAUGCUUGCAAACUGUCUUUUCCGGUGUGGAGGCUGCGCAAUGCUGCUCACUAAUGAUCCGAAGAGGAAAAUUCAAGCAAAACUCAAGCUCAAACACCUCAUAAGGACUGAUCUUGGUGCUAAUGAUGAAGCGUUUAAUUGUGCUUAUGAGACGGAAGACGAGCUGGGUCACACUGGCAUGUGUUUGAGCAAGGAUUUGCCGAAAGCUGCAGCUCUUGCAUUUGUGCAGAACUUGAAAACAUUGGCACCGAAAGUGCUUCCAGUCACGGAACUUGUCCGGUUUGUAAUGGCUGGAAUUUACAGAAGGAGCAAAGGAUCAAGAGGAGGGGGUAGUAACAGUGUGAACUUCAAAGCCGGCAUCGAUCACUUUGUAAUUCAUUCUGGAGGAGCUGCUGUCAUUGAUGGAGUUGGGAAGAGCCUCAGGUUAAGUGAAUGGGAUUUAGAACCUGCGAGAAUGACACUUCAUCGGUUCGGGAAUACCUCGGCAAGUAGUAUUUGGUAUGCAUUGGGGUAUAUGGAAGCAAAGAAGAGGUUGAAGAAAGGGCAGAGAGUGUUCAUGAUAGGAUUUGGAGCUGGUUUCCUGGGCAACAGUUGUGUUUGGAUAGUUAACAGGGAUUUGAAAGAUGAAGGAGUUUGGAAGGAGUGCAUUGAUCAAUAUCCUCCAAAAACACUAGAGAAUCCAUUCAUGAAGAUGUAUGGAUGGAUUAAUGAUCAGGAUAUCUAGAAUAUUUUUGAGUCUGAUCAUCUCAUUAUUUGUUGGAUAAUUAUUUAUGUUUGCUUAAUUGUUGGUGUUGAUUAAGAGUAGCAUGCAGUACUGAAUAAAUAAUAAUAAUAAUAAAAAAAAAAACAUGUGAAGUGAAGUGAAGUCAAGGAUGCAAGUUGAAAUAUAUAUUUAUAUUUAUAUAUGUAAAACAUGUGAAACUAAUGAAUGGAAUGGCUCUGUACUGGUAUAGCAUUCAUUAAUAUAUAUUUCAUCCUGACCUUCUUCAUCAUUAAUGGAUGAUGAAGGACUUUGUUUGUAUGGUUGGGCUUUUAUUA